AAACUUUAGAGAUAGCUUUAGUCUCAAGGUUGGCUCUAUUCACAUCUGGUGGUAAUACAUAUUUAACGCUUAUCUGUGUUAAUAAUUCCUUAUUCGUAACGAACAACAGGAUCAUUAUCCAAUGGCAAUACUAUGAGAAUGAAUGACUUUCUGCAAGAGCAUAUUAAAUCUGUAUCUGGGACAAUUUUGGAGCUUAUUCAAGAAGGACUAUUUUCAAAUGUAACAGUUGUUGUCAAUGAUUAUGAAUUCAACUCUAACAGUCUGCUCUUGGCUAGCUCUAGUGAUUACUUCAGGGCAUUGUUCAGUUUUCAGCGAAAUUCAGUUAAAGAACCUCGUUUGGAAAUCAAAUGUGAUUACGUUUCACAUGUUGGUCUCAGACAUGUCAUGUUGUUCAUCAAUUCGAUUGGUCAAUUCCAUGAUUCUAUUCCUAUUGAAGAUUACCAAGAUGUUUAUAUUGCAUCAAGUUUUCUACAAGUUCACUGUCUUCAAAAAAUGAUGAGUUUUCGUUUAGAAGGAACUCUCUGUACAGAUAAUGUGCUCAAGAUUAUGAAUUUAGCACAUUGGUUCGAUGAUGAUCUGUUAUUGAAAAAGGCUAUAUUAUUUUUAUGGCAUGAAUUUCAACUAAUCGAUUAUUUUUCAAGUGAUUUUGUUAAUUUAACUACUAAACAAAUUACAAAAAUAUUUCAAAGUGAUCAAAUCAAUAUAUCUCAGGAACGUGUUGUCCUAGAAGCAUUAAUUGUAUGGCUUUGUCAUGAUACAAAACGUCGAAUGGAAUUUUUCAAAAAUAAUUUUCUUCAUCUUGUAAGGCUACCUUUGAUAACAAGAAAUGAAUUAAUGGAAAUUAUUAAUAAUCCAAAAUAUGCUCCAGCUAAUGAUGCUUUACAAUUUUUAUUUUUGGCAUAUCAUUCAUUAAAUCAAUCAUCAUUUUUAAAUGAAUUAGAAAAAUUUUCAAUACCAACAACUACUAUGAUUGGGAAUUGUCAAUUUUUAUUCAAUUCACUUAUAGAUUCAAAACAAUAUAGAGCAAGAAUUGGUACUGUAUAUCGUGUUUAUGGACUUGGUGGUGAAAGUGAUUUUAAUAAUAAUACUUCAGAAUCUUCUAGAUCAGAAUCUAAUGAAUUUAUGGUAUAUAAUGAAGAUUUAAGCAUUGCCACUACAUAUACACCUCCGUAUGCUGCUUCAAGAGUUCAUCAUGGUGUAGCUGCUUCUCUUAAUUGGAUCUAUGUAGUAGGUGGUGAAUCUGAAGAAGGGGAAUUAUUAAGCCAUUGUUCACGUUUUAGUUUAACAGAUCUUGUAUGGCAUACAAUGACUGAACUUGACUCGCCUAGAUCACAUCAUACAUUGAUAUGUAUUGAAAAUUAUUUAUAUGUAUUUGGUGGUUAUUGUUUAAAUUGGGCAACAAAUUAUUCACCAGCUAGUGAUUCAAUUUUAACUUAUGAUAUUUGUACAAAUCAAUGGAAUAAUUCACAUCAUAAAUUACCAUUUGGUUUAGUGGAUACAUGUGGAUUAUUAUUAACACAUAAAGGUCUUGUUAUGUUUGCUGGUGGUCUUAAAGAAUACGGUGAUGAAAUGCGUCCAUCCGAUUGUGUUUUCCUCUAUGAUCCCACCGAAGAAGAUGGUGAGAAUUUCAAAUUUCUACCGAAACUCCCAAUGCCGUUGAUUAGUGUAGCAUUAGCUUGUGAUGCUGCAGAGAAUCAAGUAUUUCUAUGCGGUGGUCGAAUGAGUGUGUACGGCUCAGAACUUGAUGAUAUUUCAAAUAAAGUAUUUUGUUUUAAAUUUAAUACAAAUUGUUGGACUCAGGUUACUGUACUAGAUUUUCCACGUUACAAUGCAUUCUCAUUUGUACUAUAUGAUAAAUUAUAUGUCAUUGGUGGUAUUACUAUUGAUGAAGUUAUUGAAAAUACACCUAGUUCAUUGUUAGCUUCAUUAAUCAAUGUAGAUUAUGAUGAUUCUACUUUAUUGGAUAGACAAACAACUACUACUACUAAUACUGAUACUGAUCAACAUAUUCCUCUUAAUUUGUUAGAACAAUUUUCAGUGGGAAAUUAUAUUCGUCCAAAUAUUUUACAAGCUCCAUUUAGACCAUGUCAUUUUGCUGAAGGUUGGCAAUUACGACCACCAUCUUCACCAGUUGUCACAGCAGCGUCCACCUCAUCAUCAUCAUCAUUAUCAACAGCAGCAUCAACAUCAACAUCACAUCGUUUGUAUAGAACAUCAUCAACUCAAUCACGUCCGAAACGUUUAAAAUUAUCGCUUGCUCGUUAUGAAAAUCAUCUACCUGUUAUAUCAAGAUGUUAUGCAGUGUAUUGUAUUGCUCCUUAUUUAAAUUGUAUUAAAUAAAAUGAAACAGUAAUCAAACAAAAUGUAUAUUGAUGAUGACAAGGCUAUUUAUUGUUAAUGAACAAUGUCUACUUUAAUUUAGUCAAAUAUUUUUUUUAUUUUUUAAACUGGUAUCAAACAAAAUUACACUUACACACUUUCUUACUAUUUUCAUUCCAUGUGAUUUUUGUAGAAAUAUGUUUAUGAUUAU